UCAAUUGACAUUUGUGUUUGCAAUGCAAGCGUUCUUUCGUCGAGUGCGAUUUUAGGUUGCGUUUUGAUAGUUAAUUACAGUCUACAUAGAAACUUCUAGUGUAAUACAAGAUGCCAAAGUAUUAUUGCGAUUAUUGUGACACAUAUUUAACUCACGAUUCACCUAGUGUGAGGAAAACACAUUGUACCGGCCGAAAGCAUAAGGAUAACGUGAAAUUUUACUACCAAAAAUGGAUGGAGGAGCAAGCUCAACAUCUCAUUGACGCUACAACCGCUGCAUUUAAAGCUGGAAAGAUUGCACAGAAUCCGUUUGGCGGUAAAGGUGCUGCUAUUCCCCCGCCAUGGGAUCCCUCAGUAAUGGGCCCGGGAGGACCGCGACCGCCCGUACCUACACCAGGAGGCCCGCCUGGCAUGUUGCCGCCGCCCGCUAUGGGUCCCGGAGGACCGAUGGCGCCACACAUGAUGAUGGGACCGCACGGCCCAAUGCCGCCUAUGAUGGGAAUGCGACCGCCAAUGAUGAUGGGUAUGGGUCCUAUGGGCCCCAUGGGUCCCAUGGGUCAGAUGCGACCACCGUUAAUGAACGGCCCGCCUAUGAACAAAUAGCAGAAGUUUAAAGUGAGUGAAAGACGAUAAUUUAAACCACCAUAACUCAUUAGAAACAUUGACCUGGAUUUACUGACAGUUUCAUUUUAACAAAGUUGACUCUAAGAAUAACAUUCAAAGUUUCAAUGUUUUAACCCUCAUUUAUGUUUUACCUUCAUAAAUGUACUAGACAGAGUGUACAAAUGCAUUUAAACAUUAUGAUAGUAUUUGUUUUGUUCAAUGAAUCUGAAAAUAACUGUAAUUUUUAUUGACAGCCCAGAAAUUAUUCAAAGUAUUUUGUGAAUGAUUUGAUUUGUUCUUUUUCACCGAUGUCUAGUAGAUUUUACUAGGAGUAAGGAUAUGGGUUGACAAUCUUUAAGGAAAUGAUGUAAUUAUAAUUUGUAAGUCCCAUGCAGCUUCCAAGAUAUGGAUUGCUGGCUAUACAAGAUCUAGGAUAUCAUUGAAAUAUAUUUGUAAAUUAAGUAA